CCACUCUGUCAUGCCAGCCAAGUUUUUUUUUUUUUUUUUGAGUUUCCUCAUCUCUGCAGUGAAGCAACUUAAAGUUAAGUUUUUCAAAAGAAGGUGCACUAGCAUCCAGGAGCUACCUCUGACAGCACCCUCUGACUUCACAAGCUCUCCCUAAGUAAGAAGUAAAAAAAAAAAAUGGAGGACCCAUGGCAGAAGGCGUAUGACUUUGCUGUUGCAGUGGCAAGAAAAGCUGGAGCGGAAAUUAGGAAAGCUGGGGAGAGUGAAAUAAGGGUCAUGACAAAAAGCUCCACUGUAGACCUUGUCACAAAGACUGAUGAGAGGGUGGAGAAAAUCAUCAUCGGGUCUCUUAAAGAGGAAUUCGGAGAAGGCACACACUGCUUCAUUGGGGAGGAGUCGGUGGCGAAGGGGGAGCCGUGUGUCUUAACCGACAAACCCACGUGGAUCAUUGACCCGGUGGACGGCACCACAAACUUUGUACACGGGUUCCCAUUUGUGGCUGUGUCAAUUGCCUUUGCUGUCAAUAAGGAGUUGGAGUUCGGUGUGGUGUACAGCUGCUUGGAAGACAAGAUGUAUAAAGCAAGGAAGGGGAAGGGAGCUUUCUGCGACGACGAAGCAAUUCAAGUGUCCGAUGUACAAGAAAUCAAGAAGUCCAUUAUCAUUUCUGAGCAUGGAACCGACAGGAGCCCAGAAAAAGUAACCAAGAUCUUCUCUACCAUGCAGAAGAUCCUCUGCAUCCCCGUGCACGGGCUCCGUGGAUCAGGGACAGCUGCCACCAACAUGUGUCUGGUGGCGUCGGGGGCAGUGGAGGCCUUCUUUGAGAUCGGGAUCCACUGCUGGGACAUCGCUGCUGGUGCGGUGAUAGUCAAAGAAGCUGGAGGAAUAUUACUGGAUGUUGAUGGCGGACCAUUCGAUUUGAUGUCCCGAAGGAUGGUUUCAGCAAACAACGAUGUUAUUGCUAAGCGGAUCAUCAAAGAAAUUGAAGCGUUCCCAGUGGUGAGGGACGAUGCUCCUGUGCAGAAGAAAUGAGAAUAUUCUCAAACGCUGUUUACACUGUGCACAAGUGCAGUCUGCCGCUAUUUGUGUCAUAAUAAAAGUUACUGUUCUGUAAUCACCAUUGAUAAUCUUAAUUUGCAUGCUGAAUGUGUUUCAUUGCCUGCACCUUUUUCAUUCAAAGGGAAAAAUUUCAGCUCAACUGAAGCGACCUUGAGGUCCAAUUUGAUGACUCUUCAUGUGAUUUGUCUGUCAAAAAAUAUUGAUUGAAGUGGGGAAACAGCUGUAAUUUUGCACUCGGCAUUUUUGUACACCAACAUAAUUUGCACACUUUGUCUUUGGUCUGUGGCUGUCCAUGUUUUCACUCGAUCUUUCAAUACACAUCAAAUACUC